AUGCUUCCAACUAAUUUGGGUUUCGAGGUUACCAGGAGCACGGUGACAACACCGGCUGCUGCAACUCCAAUCCGAAAUUCAGAUGAAGAAACUCCCUUGAAGCUCCAAUUCCGAUUCUCUCCGUCUCCUCAUCCCAACCAGGUUUUCUGGUCCAAUAGCACUCGUUUGCCCUCAACUCUGUUCUACUCAACGUAUGAGCAGCAGCCCAAACGUCUACUCUGGCCUCAAAAUUACCACCUGGACAUGUGCGGCAUGACCUGUGAUUCACGCGAGUCACACUUCUAUACAGCUGUUACCCUUCGUCAUGCCAAUCCUUCGCAAUUUCUCACUACUGCAUCGCCAUCUUUCUGUCGACACGAUCUGAGGAGUCUUCAUGAACAACGCAAGCUUUGUGGUACCUUUUCUCUCGUGUUGAAAUCAGAUAUGCCUGCUUCAUCAGUUUUCCACCUCGCAAGACUUUCUAUCAGUGUGCGUUCUGGUGAUUGUCUGCUCGACGGUAUCCUAGUGUUGACAAGGCAAAAAAACGUUUGCAUUCUUUUGUACGGAACGUCUCUAAUGCGCUAUCAAACUAACGUUUCUUGGUCCCACAUCGCCUUGCGUUGGUAUUCAAAUCUGGAUGAGCUGUUGGUGUAG